AUGCCUCUGUUAAUGUACUUGGAUGGAAUGGCUGACAAGCUUAAGGGGUACCUACUCGUGAUUGUAAAAAAUGGCAAUUAUUAUUCGCUUCACUUGUGCCGCUCAUUAAAAGGGUUUAUCUCGAAGCGUGAUGACAAUUGCAGCAUUUUUGUCGGUCAGGUUAAGAAGCGGGAUUUGUCCGAGCCGCUUUCUUCGCUGAGGGGGGAGAGCAGCGUAGAUGUUGCUGAUAAUUUGAAACACGCCCACAUUGCGGAGAAGCCCCCCAGUGAACUGCACUCACUUAUCGGCUUUGAUGAGGAGGUGCACGGGGUUAAUGGCAUGUUGGAAGAGGGGACCCAUUACGAGGGCAUCCCCACACAGGGGACUUCGAAGGAGACAGAAAAUGAGCAUCCAGUUAUAGAGACUUCUCCUAAUGGAAACAUAGAGGAGCAAUCCUCAAGUGAUGACAUAAGAGUUGUCAUCGAUCUGUUCAACAAAGUAAACUCAUCCGGUGUGGAAGAAAAGGAAGAUGUGAUUAAUUUAUAUGGUGAGGAUAUGACCAACCGAUGUCCCAUCGAUGGGUACGACGAUAUUAGCACGGGGGGAACUACCAUUGGAAAUACGUCCGAUGGUGAAGUAACUGCUCAUGGAGAAAACGAAAGCGGUAGCACAGAAGAAAUUUUUCUAGGUGAACAAGUAGAAGAAACGGAGAGGGAGACGCAUGGGCAUCACAAUCCGAAUGGGCAUAUUUGUGUAGAUGGGGAAGAUAACAAUAGAGGGGAGGGUGACCACGCUGAUAUGCCGCUAAUUAGCGAAGCGCAGCAACCCCCCCUAGCCAGCAGCAUCGAUGAGAGCCCCAAAUUAUUCGCAGAUACAGUGGAUACUGUUACGAAAAAGACGCACGAUGAGGAGAACAAAGUGGAAUGCUACACUAAUACGAAUGGACAAACUACGCAAAUCUUAAUGGAGGGGAAAGAACUAUGCACAGAAGGGCACAAAAUGGAUGGAGGUGCAGAGAAUGUAAGUACGUACGAGACAAAUGCGGACAUUUCACUCCAAAGUGAUUCCCACCCCAUCGAAGAAAAAGACGCAACUGAGGGAUGCGAACCUGGAGCAGAGGCAAAGGGGAGUGACAAUUGUGACGAACAGUACAAUUCUAACGAACCCCAGAAGAACCCCCAAAGUGAAAAACACAUCAAAGCAGUAAUAACAGAAGGGAGAUCGGAAAUUCCACUAAACGAUAGAGAGAUAAAAGGAAUUGUAAAAAGUGAAGUUCAAAAAUUUGAAGGCCAAAUUAAAGAGAUGUCGAAAGAAGAGCUAAAGGAUAAAAUAAUGACCUUGUACCUAAACGAGUUGUUAAGAAAAAAAUACAAAGACAUAUUGAUGGAGGAAGAAAAGGAAGCACUGAAGAAGGUCCUAACGGUUAAGUAUAAUGAUAUAUAUUUGAGAGAAAAAAAAAAAAUGCAAAAAAAAUUACAAAAAUGUAUGAGGAAAAAACUAAAGCAGGCAGAAAUGCUACUAAAGAAAAGUUACGAAAGUGAAAAGGAAAUUUUUUCAUGUCUAAUGAGAAAUCAAAAAAAGGAAGAGGUCAAAAUGGAAAGAAAUAAAAUAGAAGAUGAAUUAAAUAGGGUAAGGGAAAACUACCUUAGCAAAAUAAAUUCCUAUGCAUGUGACGUUGAUGCUAUGAAGGACAAUCACUUUAGGGAAAAAGUCAAAAUGGAGAAACUAAAGACUAUAAACGAUAUUCAAAAUAAAAUUGUCCUUUUGCAGAACUGCAUUAUUCAAGAUUUAUCCAUUGAAUCUAUUUUAAUAGAUUUGAAGAGACACUUAAAAAAAGCUUCUUUCCUAGACACGGUAUUCGCUACCUUGCCUGAUAACUUUUUUUCCUAUACAUUCAAACCGACAUCGAACAACAUAGAAAAAAUGAAAAAAGAAUUUUACAUUUUAUACAAAGAAGGGGUGAAAGAAGCUUUCAUACAACAUAAUGAGAAUUACUUCUUAAAAAAAAUUAUAGGUGGGGUUGCUUCCUUUUUUUACUUAAAUUAUGAACCGAAAAUGAGCAUAAUUUUGCAUAGGGCAUUGAAGGAUGAUUCUGCUUUAAAGUCUAACUUGAUAUAUUUGUCUUACGCCUUAAGCAGCGUGCAACAAAAUCAGUUUGUCGAUGCUCUGCGCUAUAUUGAUGAGCUCACCGGCAGCUGCAGAAAUACGUUUUUGCCCUUCAGCGAGCACGCCAGAAAUGUGGUUCUCUUCAGAUACUACUUGCGGCUCGCUGUGUCCCGGCUGAUGCUGACCGGCAAGGCUUUGCGCCUGGCGGAGUAG